AUCUCCAAAAUAAAGGAUAACUGCUACUGUUCAAAGAAACGAACCUGGAAGAUCAUCACUAGCUAUAUCCCGCUUAUCAAGACCAUUCGUUAUUAUAAAUUAAGAGAAUAUUUGUUGACGGAUUUCCUUGCCGGAUUAACAGUUGGUAUUCUCCAUAUCCCACAAGCUUUGGGAUUCGGACAACUUACUUCUGUCAAAGUUGAAAAUGGACUGUAUACAUCUCUAUGGCCUGUGCUGAUUUACAUGAUUUUCGGAACCUCCCCCCACGUUUCAAUGGGUACCAGUGCUGUUAUUUGUAUCCUUACUGCUGCUGUCGUAGAGAGACAGGGCGAAGUGUUUCAGUCUACCCAUCCUUGGGUACUAAAUCAGACUAUAAAUGGUACCAUUAAUGGAACAUUAAUCCCUGUGGAUGAAGUAGCAGAAUAUCUUGAUUAUAAAGAAAGUGUUGCCAUGUCUGUCACUCUCUUCUGUGGCCUGAUGAUGAUUGCUAUGGGUUUCUUGAAACUAGGCUUUAUCACAGCCUACCUGUCAGAAUCCUUCUUUGCUGCUUUCACAUCAGGUGCAGCUGUCCAUAUUUUCACCAGUCAAGUUACGCCAAUGCUCGGAUUACAUGUAACGAGACACAGUGGCAUUUUCAAGAUCGUCAAGAACUACAAAGAAAUCUUUACACACAUAACCGAUGUUAACAUCACUGCUUUGAUCUGCGCCAUCAUUACCAUGGUUCUCAUUUUGAUCGUCAAAGACUGCAUCAACGAACGAUUCAAGCACAAAAUUGUCAUCCCAAUCCCAAUUGAACUGAUCGUCGUAGUUGUUGGUACACUAGCUGCUUACUUUGGAGAAUUCCAUGAAAACUUUGGAACUGAUGUUGUUGGAACCAUACCAAAUACUAUCCCAGCACCAGUUUUACCACCAGUUGACGAGGCUCCAAAUUUCUUAGUAGACUGUUUCAUCCUUGCUAUUCUCAUUUUCGCCAACACUAUUGCUAUGGCUAAAAUUUGUGCCAAGAAACACAAUUAUGAAGUCGACGACAGUCAGGAAAUGAUCGCUUAUGGUAUGUGCAACUUCCUUAGCUGUUUCAUGAAAUGCUUUCCAUCCAGUGUUGCGCCACCGAGAUCCAUGGUUGCUUCUGCUAUGAAUACCAAGACCAUGAUCAAUGGUUUAAUUACUUCUAUUCUCAUCUUACUUAUCAUCAUGGUUAUCAGUCCACUGUUUGCUGCUCUUCCAAAAUCUAUUCUCGCUGCCAUCAUCGCCGUCUCUCUAAAAGGUCUCUUCAUCCAGAUAUCUAUUGGUUAUAAGUACUGGAAAAUCAGCAAGUACGACUUCGUCAUCUGGUUAUCAACCUUCUUGAGUGUUGUUUUCUUAGACAUUGAUGUUGGUUUGGGAAUUGGUGUUGGAGUUUCCCUACUCUCGGUUGUCUUCCAAACACAGUUUGCUUCCGGAUACAGAGUUGGCAAAUCCAAGGAUGGUGUCUGGGUAGAACACAAGAAAUACCAAGACUCACAAGAAACCCCUGGUGUUAAGGUCUUCCGAUUCAAUUCUUCUCUAUACUUCGCCAAUGCCGAAAUCUUCCGAAGCCAAGUGUACGGCAAGACUGUCAAUCCAAGAAAAUUAUUGAAAUUGCUGAAGAAAAAGGAAAAGAAGGUGGCUAAAUUACAAAAGGAAGGUGGCUACAGCGGCGAAUUUAGAAGAGAUUCUGUAAUCGUUAGGGAAAGUCUGAGAAAAACUCAUCACGUGAUCAUUGAUUGCAAUGCUAUCAAUUAUCUAGAUGUUUCCGGUGCUAAUGUCAUCAGUCACAUGUUUACCGAAUAUGGGCAUGUUAAUAUAGUCAUGUUUUUGGCCGGUUGCUCUGCGGAUAUGAGAGAUGCUAUGCUACAUUCUGGCGUCUACGAUAAAAUCUCAAACGAUCACAUUUUUGUGAAUGUGGAUGACGCUUUAGCAGUUGCUCGUACCCAUAAAAUUAUCCCUCUUCCAUCUGGUUUGGGUGAUUUCUCCGAC